AGGAAGACACAAAAACACUAUCGAGUGACGACAAAAACCAACGAAUAAUAUAUCAAGAUUUAAAAAAGCAUACUGUAUUAAAUAUUAGUGUUUCCUCAACGAAAAAAUCAAAAAAGUAAUAUAAAAACGUGUUCUCUUCUUCACACUCACUUUACUCCCUCUUCCCCUCUCCACCGCUUCUCUCAACACCGAAGACACUUCUUCCUCUCUCUCUCUCUAAGAUAACACGAUGAUAACGGCGACGGACUUCUACCACGUCAUGACGGCGAUGGUUCCGUUAUACGUAGCCAUGAUCCUCGCUUACGGCUCCGUCAAAUGGUGGAAGAUCUUCACACCGACCCAAUGCUCCGGCAUCAACCGUUUCGUGGCUCUCUUCGCCGUCCCUCUCCUCUCUUUCCACUUCAUCGCCGCCAACAACCCUUACGCCAUGAACCUCCGUUUCCUCGCCGCCGACUCUCUCCAGAAAGUCAUCGUCCUCUCUCUCCUCUUCCUCUGGUGCAAACUCAGCCCCAACGGCUCCUUGGACUGGACCAUCACUCUCUUCUCCCUCACCACUCUCCCCAACACCCUCGUCAUGGGCAUACCUCUCCUCAAAGGCAUGUACGGCGACUUCUCCGGCGACCUCAUGGUGCAGAUCGUGGUUCUCCAGUGUAUCAUAUGGUACACGCUCAUGCUCUUUCUCUUCGAGUACCGCGGCGCGAAGCUUCUGAUCUCCGAGCAGUUUCCCGACACGGCUGGCUCUAUUGUCUCGAUCCAUGUUGAUUCCGACAUUAUGUCGUUAGACGGUCGGCAGCCGCUUGAGACCGAAGCUGAGAUUAAAGAAGAUGGGAAGCUUCACGUCACUGUCCGUCGUUCUAACGCCUCGAGGUCUGAUAUUUACUCGAGAAGGUCUCAGGGCUUGUCGGCGACUCCUCGGCCUUCGAAUCUCACCAACGCGGAGAUUUAUUCGCUUCAGAGUUCGAGAAACCCAACGCCACGUGGCUCGAGCUUUAACCAUACUGAUUUUUACUCGAUGAUGGCUGCUGGUGGUGGCCGGAACUCGAACUUUGGUCCCGGAGAAGCUGUUUUCGGUUCCAAGGGACCUACUCCUCGGCCGUCUAACUACGAGGAAGACGGCGGAGCUAAACCGGCGGCGGGAGCUGGGAGGUUUCCUUACCAGUCGGGAGGAAGCGGUGGUGGUGGAGCGCAUUAUCCGGCGCCGAAUCCAGGGAUGUUCUCGCCGCAGAGCGGCGGCGGAGGUACGGUGGCGAAGGGAAACAGUGCGGUGGUUGGUGGGAAGAGAGGGAAUGGGCAAGAUGGGAAUGGAAGAGACCUUCAUAUGUUUGUGUGGAGCUCAAGCGCUUCGCCGGUCUCAGAUGUGUUCGGCGGAGGAGGAAACCACCACUCCGAUUACGCCGCCGCUACGAAUGAGCAACACAAGGACGUUAAGAUCUCUGUACCCCAGGGGAAUAGUAACGAUAGCCAAUAUGUAGAGAGGGAAGAGUUCAGUUUUGGUAAUAAAGAUGAUGAUAGCAAAGUCUUGGCCACAGACAACAACAUAAGCAACAAGGCGCAGCAGCAGCAGCCAAAGGUUAUGCCACCAACAAGUGUGAUGACAAGACUCAUACUCAUUAUGGUCUGGAGAAAACUCAUCCGUAAUCCAAACUCUUACUCCAGUUUAUUCGGCAUCACUUGGUCCCUCAUCUCUUUCAAGUGGAACAUUGAAAUGCCAGCUAUUAUAGCAAAGUCUAUCUCCAUACUCUCAGAUGCAGGUCUAGGCAUGGCUAUGUUCAGUCUUGGGUUGUUCAUGGCGUUGAACCCAAGAAUAAUAGCGUGUGGAAACAGAAGAGCUGCUUUUGCGGCGGGUAUGAGAUUUCUCGCCGGACCUGCCGUCAUGACUGUCGCUUCCUACGCCGUUGGCCUCCGAGGCGUUCUCCUCCGCGUUGCCAUCAUUCAGGCAGCUUUGCCUCAAGGAAUUGUACCCUUUGUGUUCGCGAAGGAGUAUAAUGUGCAUCCUGACAUUCUUAGCACUGCUGUGAUAUUCGGAAUGCUGAUUGCAUUGCCCAUAACCCUUCUCUACUACAUUCUCUUGGGGCUAUGAUGAGAUACUACCAAGUAUGAAAAGAAAAAAAAGACAAGGACCCUCUUUAAAUCUUUUGGGAGAUUAUGGAAUUAGAGAAGAGUAAUGCCCAUUUUGUUGAAUACCCACAAAAUUACAUCAAUAGCACCUUUAGAUAAGCUUCUAAAUGAAUUUGGAGAAAGAAGCUCUUGAAGGAAGGAAGAAGAUGUAGCUUUGGAAAAGUUUCUGUUUUCUUAAUUUUAAUGAGCAUUCUUGUUUUUUCUUUCGGUAGUUGUUAGGAAUUUAUAAAAGCGUUGCUACUUUUCUGAA